AAAAGAAAGUAGAAAAUUCUGUUUUAAACGGAGAAAAGGUAACACCAGUCCAAACGGGGUUAAGCUAGUCCCGCAACACACACUUUGCAUAUCCUCCCCGUUUCUUUCCACUUUUUCCAAUAAGCGCAAAAUUUUCUUUACAAUAGGACUAGGCAUUUUCCUGCAUUUACGCGUCAACACGACGACAGUAGUUACACCACCCAACAACCGCCUGUUCCCCAUCUCCGAUCACCGUUCUCCCCUCUUAAAUCUGAGACUAAAAAAUGUCACACGGAGACACUAUACCUCUUCACUCCACAUCUCAAUCGGACAUUGAUGAAAUCGAAAACCUCAUCUAUGUCAAUCCUUCUACUGUCCUUCCAGCACGCCCGCCUUCUCCUCCUCGUGCUGCCAUUCCUGUUUCAUCUUCUCCCUUCAUGCCUUCCAAUCUCCGCCCACAACCUCCUACUACGACUACGACGACAACCACCAACCACAAACCACCGACACCUGUCCCUUCCAUUCCAACUCCGCCUCCGCUACCUUCAUCGGGACAGUCGAUUAUAGCCGCAACCGGUUUUGGAUCUCCGCCCAAUACCCUUACGGAGCCGGUUUGGGAUACCGUCAAAAGAGAUCUGUCCAGAAUUGUUAGUAAUUUGAAGCUCGUGGUUUUCCCUAAUCCUUAUAGAGAAGAUCCUGGGAAAGCCCUUCGUGAUUGGGAUCUCUGGGGACCUUUCUUCUUCAUUGUUUUCCUUGGUCUCACUUUGUCAUGGUCUGCCUCUGUUAAGAAGUCCGAGGUUUUUGCUGUUGCAUUUGCUCUGCUGGCUGCCGGUGCUGUCAUUCUGACACUGAAUGUCUUGUUACUGGGCGGUCAUAUAAUCUUCUUCCAAAGUCUAAGUUUGCUGGGUUACUGUCUAUUUCCACUUGAUGUUGGUGCCUUCAUUUGCAUGCUAAAGGACAAUGUGGUAUUGAAGGUGGUUGUGGUAUGUGUUGCACUAGCUUGGAGCUCUUGGGCGGCAUAUCCCUUAAUGAGUACAGCUGUUAACCCUAGGAGGAAAGCUCUUGCCCUGUAUCCUGUAGUGCUCAUGUAUGUAUCUGUUGGAUUUCUCAUUAUUGCCAUCGAUUGAUGUUAGUCGUGCCUACUAUGUGAAUAAAAGAUGUAUGAAGCCGAUAAAAAAUACAUUGAAUUAGGGAUAUUCUGAUUGCCUCAUGAAAUUCUGUUGAUAAUUCUUGUUCCA